AUGAGUAUCAGCAGCAGUUUCGGAGAACUCGAUGCAUUCUUCGCCAGUAGCAAUGACGUCUUCCUCACGGUUCGACGGGCCAAGACCACGCUGUUUCUCAGCGUUAAGGAGAGCAUGGAGGUGCUUGAGCUGAAGAAGAUGAUUGAGGGCAUACUAAAAGUCCCGCCUGAAGAUCAAGAGCUAUUUCGUCAAAGCACUCCCAUGGACGACCACAAGCCCCUAGCCUAUUACAGUCUGAAUAGUCAGACCGCCCGUGCUCACAGUCCUGCAACUCUCGGACUUUGUCUUCGUGAUGCGGAAAGUGGACAGUUCGAAAAACUUGACAUUACACCUUACUCAAAUCCACCUGAUUUACCGGAGGUGAUGAGAUGCCAAGAGAAUCUACCGCCUCAAAGUGCUCCCGAAGUGGGCGCUGGUGUUAAACAGUAA